AUGGCGUCGCUCGGCUGGGUGUACCCAUCUCACGGAGCGUCUGGAAGCAACUUAGCACAUCGUCCAUCGAGUCUAGGAUCCAGACAGGCCGCCCGCCCGCCCAGCGGUGGCGAGCAUGGAUCGGGCACGGCCUUGGCUGCGGCACUGGCCUGCGCCGCUGCACGGGCGCAGCGGCGGCCGAGGGGGACAUGCCGAGCUACCACGGUGGAGGCUGAGUCUACGACCGGCCUUGCUCCGUGGGAAAUCGAGGAGGAGACCGAGGACGAGCGACAGGCGCGUUACGCGCGCGAGGCCGACGAGAUGAAGCUCAAAUGGGACGCAAGGCGUUUGGAGGAGAAGCACUCGGCGCAAAGGCGCCAGGCUUGGUCGCAGAAAGAGCAGGAGCGAGCUUCCCUCUACGGGCCGCGGGAUCCCAUCAUGGAGGCCUACGAGGCUCGGAUGUACGAGGAGGCCCGUGUCAUCGAGAUUAGACGGCGGCAGCGGGAGGUCUACGAGCGCAUCAAGGCCCACAAGGAGGGGAAGCCGCUGCCUCCGAAGGGCACUCCGUACUUGGUGCUGAAGCCUGCGCCCAUGGAGCCGCCGAAGCCUGAAGAGUUUGACGUCUCGGGCCACUACAAGCCCGAGGAGGACAUCGAGGCAAGAAAGUACAAAGCACCCGACUCCUACGCGGGGUGGCCCAGUGUGCUCUGCUUUCGGUGGGCAAAUUUGUUUAGGGGCCUUGGCGUUGUCGGUUUCAGGCUUUGGGGGGGCUUGGGUUUGGUGUGUGGGUUCGCUCAACUCCACUCCCACUCCAAGAAGAAGAGGUGUCGCCCACCGGCCCGGCCCCACCGCCCCGGCACCAGCGCGGAAACCCGCGGGCUGCGGGGCACUCAGAUGGGCUUCAGGAAUAUUGUGGAGGGACUUUGGAAUUGUGCCUAUGGCUAG